AUGUACGAACAAAUUGCUGAGCGCUCAAGCUUCGAAUCACUUCCUAUUGUGAAGGAUACGCCUAAGCGGAGGCUUAGGUAUCUGAAGGUGGAAGGGAUCUCGACCAUUAUACUUCUUCUUCUUGCCACAUUUGGGGUCAUUGAUCUGUGUUACCAAGCAUUCAGUAGGAUCUACACUAUGAACUACAUCCAUAUCCAUGCAAACACACAAACCGAGCCAGAUAUAUCCUGUAAUUGCGGAGACACCGUUACCGAGGCCCUUUCAAACAACUGCAAAUAUGAUUCUCUAGCUGCGGCGUGGCUUCCGCCAUCUUGUCGGAACGACAACCUCACCCUGGCUUUUGAAAAGGCGGGUUCAAAUCCGGAUGGAAGCUGGCCUUACUUUGCUGAUCUGAACAUGACGCGACCGCUGUCACUGAAAGAGGUGUCUCUACUUCCUGAUACUAGGGAAGAAGGCCUGGAUGAGCUUACCACGGGGGCUGGAGUGGCGUUGCACUCGGAUUGGAUCAAUGGGCGGCCGGAUAUACAAGACCAUGACCAUGAACACGACCACAAAUAA